AUGUAUUUCAUUACGUUUCUCUCAUUUCUCUUCGCUGUAGUAGUGGGAGCCUCUCCCCAAGCAGAACUCAAACGAGACCCGUCACUGGUCUGCACGGUGCCUGCAUCUGGCUCAGAAGCCAUUGACGAUACUCCGGCUGUAGUGGACGCGUUCAAACGGUGUGGCCAUGGCGGGAGGAUCAUCUUUGAGAACACCACCUAUCACAUCCACAGUGUGAUGAACACCACCGGGUUGCAGGAUUGUGAGGUGGACCUCUAUGGCACUCUCCUGUGGAGCACCAACAUCUCGUACUGGCUGAAUCACUCUCUGCCAGUGGGAUAUCAGAAUCAGUCCACUGCAUGGCUCCUUGGAGGCCGGAAUGUCCGCUUCAACGGAUAUGGAUACGGUACGUUCAAUGGCAAUGGACAGGCCUGGUAUGACUCGGUGGGCUCGGUUUCCAACUAUCCACGACGGCCCCAUGCACUCACGAUCUCCGGAACCUCCGAUUCGGAGUUUACAGGCCUACGAUUCCUUCAAAGCCAAAUGUGGACUUUGUCAAUUAUCCAUACCCAUCGAACACUCUUCGACCAUAUCUACGUCAACAGCACCAGUAGCGGGGGUUCGUCGCGCAAUACCGAUGGCGCGGAUACGAUUUAUAGCUCCCACAUCACCUUUCGGAACUGGGAAGUCGAUAACGGGGAUGACAGUAUUAGCGUCAAAGCCAAUUCAACAGAUAUACUGAUCGAGGAUAGUUUGUUUCACCGAGGGCUUGGAAUUGCCAUCGGCAGCAUUGGCCAGUAUAAGGAUGUGUACGAGAUUGUGGAGCGGGUCACCGUGAGGAACAUCACGUAUAGUAAAACGCUGCAUGCCGUUUACUUCAAGACGUGGACGGGCGAGCAAGUCAACUAUCCCCCAAACGGGGGAGGAGGAGGAUUAGGGCAUGCCUCCGACAUGACGUUUCAAGAUCUCCGAUCUACGGCCUUGAGAGGUCCUGCCAUUGCCGUCUCACAAUGCACCACCUUUUCGGGCACUGCCGGAAAUUGCACGUCGUCCAAAUUUGAACUCAGUGCCCUUUACUUUCAGAAUCUGCGAGGAACAACAACCAGUGCGGACGUGGCUAGCCUGCAGUGUUCGGCCGUGAAGCCCUGCAAGGAUAUCCGGAUCACGGAGGUCGAUUUGGUGCUUUCAAAUGGCACUCAAGCAGAAGACUACUUGUGCGGAAAUGUCGAGGAUACCCGGGGUUUUAAUUGUACUGGAGAGGUCUGCGUCGGUGGCAGUGCCACAGGUGGGUGUUAG